AUGCUUACCGCUAUUCUCUCCUCCCUGGUGUUCACCGGUCCCGCUCUCGCGAGCUCUCCGCUUAGUUUUUGGAAAGCUCCCGCGCGCGAUGGGGGUUACGAGAAAAUCUCGGCCAAGUUCUACGUUGACCCGUCCUCGACCUGGAAGACGGGAUACUACGCUUCCACUCAAGCGAGCUUUGCUGGACACGAUGUGCAGUAUUUCGGCAUUCAGCCCCGCGAGGGCCAAUACUCUGGUCACCUCACAUACAGCGUCUUCGGCAAGGGCUCAUCUGUUGGCGACCCCGCUCGCUGCAGUGGCGGUGCUGAUGGGGGUGCCGGUGUGUCGUGCUCGCUGGACGGCAUCAACCUCAACAAGGGCGAAUGGUACGAAAUUGUAUCCGCCGUAGUUGAGCACGGCGACAAGGGUCGCAGGUGGAACGGUACCUUGAUCGACAGCCAGGGCAAGCAGACCUACAUUGCGAGCUUCUGGACCGACGACAGCUACGGUCCUCUCAGUGGAGAUGGAGCCCAGUGGCUUGAAUGGUACUAUUUCAACGGCAUCUACGAGACCACCACCCCCGAACAGCGCGACUGCCAGCCGCCCUUCACCGUCAAGUACGAGCGCCCGACUCUCUACGUCGGCGACCAGCAGGUCAAGGCCAAGGACACGGGCAAAGAUUCCAAAUGGACUAUUGACGACAAGUGCGCGGUUAAGGCCAACGACCCCAACUACUCCGUCGAGCACCACGACGCCUACGUCCAGAUCAACGGUGGUAUCCAUAGUCCUAAGUAA